CGGGCGGAGCCGGGGCCGGCCCUUCCCUGCGCGGCCCGGCGGAGGCGGGGAUGCCUCACAGGACGGAGCUGUACGAGGACCCUCCGCUGGGAUGCUGGCCCAUUGUGUAUUCCCCCGACUACAACAUCACCUUCAUGGGACUGGAGAAGCUGCACCCCUUUGAUGCAGGGAAAUGGGGGAAAAUCAUCAAUUUCUUGAAAGAAGAAAAACUAAUUGCAGAUGACUUGAUUGUGCAGGCACGGGAGGCGACUGAUGAAGAUCUCUUGGUUGUUCACACCAGGCGCUACCUUAAUAAAUUAAAGUGGUCAUUUGUUGUGGCUACAAUCACAGAAAUCCCACCAGUUGCCUUUCUUCCCAAUUUCAUUGUUCAGAGAAAAGUUCUGAAACCUCUACGAACCCAGACAGGAGGAACAAUAAUGGCAGGAAAGCUUGCUAUGGAUAGAGGCUGGGCCAUCAACGUGGGGGGUGGUUUCCAUCACUGCUCCAGUGACAAAGGGGGAGGAUUUUGUGCAUAUGCUGACAUCACACUGGCCAUCAAGUUCUUAUUUGAGAGAGUACAAGGAGUGUCUAGAGCCACAAUUAUUGAUCUGGAUGCCCAUCAGGGAAAUGGCCAUGAGAGAGACUUUAUGGAUGAUCCUCGUGUUUAUAUUAUGGAUGCAUACAAUAGAUAUAUUUACCCAGGGGAUGGUUUUGCUAAACGUGCCAUAAAACGCAAGGUGGAACUGGAGUGGGGCACAGAGGACACCGAGUACCUGCAGAAGGUGCAGACCCAUGUGGAGGGAGCCCUGAAUGAAUUCAAGCCUGACAUCGUUGUUUACAAUGCUGGCACUGACAUUCUGGAUGGGGAUCCCCUGGGAGGCCUGGCCAUUUCCCCCCAGGUGUGUGAGCCUGCAGCAGCACCCUCCUGUCAGACACACAUCCAUCCCCCCUGCCCUUCACCCUUCUUUUCCUUCUUCCCUCUCCUGACUCUGAAUAUUUUUGUUCUUCUGGUGCCUGUUCCAGUACCAUUCAUCUUCUCUCUAAAAUACACUGAUUGCCAGCACCCAAACAGUCUCUUUAAUGACCACCAGAUCAAGACAGAAAAGUGCUUGUUUGAUCUGUGA